AUGAAUCCCAUUCGUGUCUAUCCACUCAAAUUUAAUAACCAAGAUUCUCUUGCCAUUUCUCCUGGUCUCAAAAAGAAGCAACAACCUUCUGAACGCACUCAUACUUUGCAAUUAAAUCCUUAACAAACCCCUUAGUAAAGUCGAAGCAAUCAAAAAAGACAUCCGACCACUGGGUUGACUUCUUAGGAAGAUAAAAUAAAGCUUGUUACUUAAAAGAAAUUAUAAUUGCUAUAGCCAUCGAGUUAUUCGCCCAAAAAGAGAGUAAUCAGCAGCAACAAUGAGAAACCUGAACUUUCUAAAUUCUCCUAUCAAUCAAGUGAACCUCAGUCUCCAACCAAAUUACCAAAUUUAAAAAGAAGCGAAUCAUCUACAACAACACAAGAAAUCUUAGCUAAAAUUGAUUUGAGUUUGGCUCAAAAGAGAAGCAAACGUACUGAUACUAGCAAUGCCGACAAUACACCUCAGAACAAGACCUCAUUUCUAAAAAUGUAUCAAGAUACAUCUCCUAAAAUUCGUUAAAUUUAAAGUCGAGUCAGCUCUUAGGUUAUAGAACAGGAUCUCAAAAUCAAACCUAGAAUGCCCUCUCAAGUGAUAAUGCUGCAUGGAAGAUCAACAAGUCAAGCAGCCUUAGUAAAUUCCAAUCCUACAGAAAAUGAGGAAUUGCAAGAUUAUGUCUAACUGUUUUUAUCAAAAUCUCAAGCAGGACAAAAUGGAAACAAGUAAACUAAAACCAAUUAGGAUUCAGUAAUCAUCUCGAAUAAUUUUUGUGGAAUGAAAAAUAGAUAUUUAUUUUCGGUCUGUGAUGGACAUGGCGUGUAUGGACAUUAUGUUUCGUAAUUAAUAAAAAGAGUAUUGCCAACAAUAAUUGAAACAUAAUUGAAGACCUUCAUUGGAAAACAAGAAAUUGACAUCGGUGAAGAAUACUACACUGAAGUGGUCAAAUGUUUUAACAGUAGUUUCUAAAAGAUGACCAAAGAUCUAUAAAAUUGCGGAAUCGACAUCAAUUUCAGUGGUAGUACCUGUUCUACAGUGUUCGUUUCUGGUAACAAUUUAUGGUGCUCGAAUAUUGGCGAUUCAAGAUCUAUAUUUAUAGAACAACACAGAGACUCUAAUAAGUGGAAGAUUGUUGAAUUGAGCAAUGAUCAUAAACCUGAUCUGCCAACAGAGAAGAAGAGAAUCAUAGCAAGCAAAGGAAGAGUACAGCCAUUUGUGACUGAAAAUGGGUAAAAUAUUGGUCCUGCCAGAGUGUGGCUUUUGCAUGAACAAAUACCUGGAUUGGCUAUGAGCAGAUCUUUUGGAGAUUAUGUUGCUUCUACUGUUGGUGUCAUCUCUGAACCAGAGGUCAUUUAUCAUAAAUUAAGUCAAAAAUGCGGGUUUUUGGUUGUGGCUAGUGAUGGGGUUUGGGAGUUCUUGAGCAAUGAGGAAAUUCAAUAAAUCAUUUGCCGUUAUUGGAGUCCUCAGAUGAAUGCCAAGAAGAUAGAUGAGAUGGUUGAAAAUAUUGUUAGAGAGUCUAUUAAGAGAUGGUAAGAGGAGGACGAAGUAAUUGAUGAUAUUUCAGUCAUUAUUGCAUAUCUCUCGUGA